AUGGCAUUCGGGAUUCACAGCGCUUGGGCUGCAGUGCUGGUCUGGCUGGUCUGGCUGGCUGCUGAUCUAGGCGGACCUCGGAAAGCCGGAGUUCGUGCCGAAAGGAUUGUCGUGUCCCUGGUCCCACUCCAAGAGCUGUCAAUUUCAGUGGCCGAGUGGGUGUCCUUGCAGCUGAGACCUGUGUGCCACGAAAAUCUUGGAAGUGGGCCUAGAUAUGCCAUCGCCUCCUUGUGGGUCCCCUGGGGCACCUGGGCACCUGCUGAUGUCCAGAAUCGCCCGCGGGGAACGCUACCCAUUGUGGAACGGUAUUACAAGCCAUGGAAGGAUGCCCAAAACUCCUUGGUUGACAUCAAAGAGGAUGAGCGAGGUGAUAAUGCUUGGGGUCUCACCUACGAGGGCUACAGGCCCAAAGCUUCUGGCGACAAGGCCCUCACCGCCUUUGCCCAACUGGCUGCUCUGCGUCUCAAAGUGAGGCGCUCCAUGAUCUCCCUGAUCGACAGUACCCAGCAGUAUAUCCUCACAGAGGCAACCCGCACAUUAUCGUUACUGUCUGAUCACCGACAUAUGCCCGGAGAUGAAGUCUGGCUGGGAAAUACCAUCAUCAAGCGUGGCGACGCUGUAUGCCACCACAGCUUCAAGUCAAAGUACACGGCCACGGAUGACGAUGGGCGCACAUAUACGACUGAGGCACUCGUCGUGCCCGACAUGCGCCUGGAUGACCGCUUCAAAGACCGGGACUACGUAGUCCGGAAGCCUGGGGUGCUAUUCUACGCUGGAGUCCCAAUCAAAACGAAAGCUGGCCACAGGAUUGGAGUUUAUGCAGUGUCCCAUGAAGAGCCACGGUUCGGCCUGAGCAUCGAUGAGUUGGUAUUUAUGGAAGACGUUGCUGCCACCAUCAUGGAGCAUCUGGAGCUCGCAAAAGAUCGUGAUGCCCUGAUGAACGGAUCGAGAAUGGUGCGAGGCCUCGCCGAUUUCAUCGAGGGCAUACCUGUUGGGGAUGAACCCGAGAUUGUCAACACCUCAACCUCAGCCAUGCCCAUCAAUACCUCGUUAGAGGACCAGAAAGCCUCUCCUAUCGUGUCUGCGGUCAUGCGCAAGCAAACACAGAACGCCAAGAAAAUGCUGGAGGAUCUGGACGAAAUGACUGCUUCCGCCAGCACAGAUGACAAACCCACAGAACCCCCGUCACCAAAAGAGUCCCCUAAGCCGUCAAAUAAAAAGAGCAGUGAGGAUGAUCCCAACAAGAUCUUGCAGCGGGCUACUCAUAUCAUACGGAAGUCCACAGGUGCAGAUGGCGUGAUCUUCUUCAACACCUCAUCCAGGACCUUCCAAGGACUGGGACGACAACCCACAACGGACCAUGCCGAUGCCUCCUCGGGCAUCACUUCAGGCAGCGACCGGCAGAGCGACUCGACACUUCCCCGCCGACCACGAAAUCGCCGGAUGGAUUCUGGUGACUCUGUAGACGACCUACGGGGAAAGCGGCGCUACCCGACAUGCGAGGUAAUGGGUCUGUCGAUUACUCAGCACGAGCAGUACGGCAGGCUGGAAGCCAAGGACUUCCUCUUUCCAGAAGACAACAUGGAGCGGUAUCUUAAGAACUUUCCACACGGGAAGUUCUUCAGCUUUACGGACACUGGGAGUGGAAUCAGCUCAGGUGAUGAGCUCUCCGCGGAAGACAAGCCUCAACCGGCCGUGGUUGACCCGGGAUUGGAUCCCACGCCAGCGCGGAACGAUAAGACAGGGCGGGCCAAGAAGGAGCGCUUCAUCCCGAGUGAGCUUCUCAAGGUCCUCCCAGGAAUCAGGUCACUAAUUUUCUUGCCGCUGUGGGACUUCACCGAGGGAAAAUACCUGGCAGGUGGUUUCAUAUGGACGUCCACAGCUGGCCGACUGAUGAAUCCUGACAACGAGUUGCCAUACCUUAAGGCUUUUGGAAACAGUAUCAUGAGUGAAAUCUCGAGAGCAAAGGCACAGAAGAGCGACUUGGCUAAGACCACUUUCAUCGCUUCAAUAAGCCAUGAGUUGAGAUCUCCUCUGCAUGGGAUCCUCGGAUCAGUGGAGUUCCUUCACGAAACAGCGGUGUCGGCCUAUCAAGCAGGACUGUUCACCUCUAUCGAAACUUGCGGGAAAACGCUUCUGGACACGAUAGACCACGUCCUCGACUACGCAAAAAUCAACAAGCUUCGCAAGGGAAAUUCAACAAGGAAGCGAGGCCACUAUUCCAAGUCAGGUCAUAGACGAGAAACCGUGGGAAGCAUCAUUGGUUUGACGGCAGACUUCGACCUAGCCGCGUUGGUGGAGGAGGUGGUGGAUGCUGUAACAGCGGGACACGCCUUCAGGAGGACUCACCACGGCACGCUGCACGAUCACCAAGCAUCCGGGGGAGGACUAGCAAUCGCUACGGGCGCCGAUGCUUCGCUUGGGUUAGGCACCCCACCGCUGCCCGAUAUUGACCCGGUUGUUAUCCUCGACAUCAAGCGACGGCCCAGCUGGUUUGUGCGUACGCAACCUGGGGCUCUUCGCCGGAUUGUGAUGAACUUGCUGGGCAAUGCUCUGAAGUACACAGAUGCAGGCUUCGUUGGAGUGUCGCUUCAGAUCGAGUCUGAGACAGACCAAAAUACCAGGGUACGACUCCGCUUCGUCGACUCUGGGAAGGGAAUGUCACUCGAGUUCCAAAGGACACGGCUCUUCUCACCCUUCUCCCAGGAAGAUCCUUUCGCUUCGGGAACGGGGCUGGGCCUCAGUAUCGUACGCCAGAUUGUGGACGCCCUCGAAGGAACCAUCUCCGUUAGCAGUACACAGAACUUGGGCACCGAGGUCGACGUCGUGUUGACGUUGCCAACGGUCGAAAAGGUGCCUGAACAUGGACCCUUUGACAUGGACUUUGCGAAGAACUCCAGGAUAUGCAUCGUUGACCCUUACGAUCUUGCCUCGGAGGCUGGCAUCGAACCGCGCGAAUCGGACCACAGGGGGUUGGAUCACCUGAGAGACACUUUGCGGAACAAUUGUGAAGAGUGGUUCGGCAUAGAGAUUGAGCAUUGGUCCAGGGAGAGCCUGGACGCGCAGCAGAGUCCUUCCAAUGCACCUGCAUGCGACUACAUGCUCUUCCCUCUGCCCCCGACUUCAGCAGACAUGCUCCUCAAGUGGCACGGUAACGGAGCAAUCUCGAAGGGCCCGACCAAAGUAAUUGUCAUUUGCAGCAACACGGCAGAAGCGUCAGACUUCCGUUCCAACAUCUCUGGCCCGCUUCUAGAGAAGGGCAUCCAAGCCGUGCCUGUCACGCAGCCUCUUGGGCCCCGCAAAUUUGCCAACGUGCUGCACAAGUUUCGAAAUCAGCAGGUUGCGCAGGACAUCAGCUUGGCGAUUGCAGAGCAGAAGCAGCGAAUCGUGAUCGGCCGGCAGGACUCGGACCCAGAAGCCAUCAGGCGCGAGAGGGAAAUGCUCUUCGAGGCUGAGAAGGCGCGCAUAGCCGAGGCAGAAGCGAUCAAAGAGCAGGAGUCAUCAGAUUCUCAGCCCGCGGGCGAAAACGAAUAUCCCCAGCGUCCGGGCCCGGGAGUAUUGGUGAACGGCGAUGGCGAGGCUGAGCGCGGCAACGAAGGCUCCUCUGAGUCGCUGGCACCACUCAUAUCGGCCACAGCUACGAGGAACCUGACGCUCGGGCGUAGCAGAGCGGUGUCCGUAUCACGGUCCAUGUCAGCGCCGCCUGACAGGCCCUUGUCGCAGCACGGCGCGGCCAAGGCAGCAGACUCGGCGGCCGCCCGGCCCCACGUCCUCCUCGUUGAUGACAACGACAUCAACCUGCAGCUGCUGGUCAUGUUUAUGAAGAAGCAGAAUCUUAGCUAUGCGACAGCGAGCAAUGGCCUGAUAGCGCUGGAGCAGUACGAGUCCGCCUGCGGAGUCUCCGCGUCGCCCUCUCCUCCCACCGGUGCCAGUGGCUCGACGAGCACGGCAGCGGCGAGGUACCCGAACGGCGUGCCGGCCCGGCCGCCCUUUACGCAUAUUCUCAUGGAUAUUUCCAUGCCCGUCAUGGACGGCCUGACGUCGACGCGCAAGAUCCGCGCGCUCGAGGUCGAGAGGGGCGUCAAGCCGCCCGCUACGAUCAUCGCGCUCACGGGCCUGGCGAGCGCCGAGGCGCAGGAUGAUGCGAUCAGUGCGGGGAUUAAUAAGUUUCUUGUCAAACCCGUUAAAUUUGGUGAGCUGAAGGGAUUGUUAAAAGAGGGUAGUGGGUAG